GUUUGGAAUUUUCAUCCAGAAAAAACAAUCAAGUUUGGAAUAAACGCGUUGUUUAUUUAUUAAUUAAUAUAAUUAUCGAAGGCAUAGAAAGAUACAGCACCGCCGGCCUGUCCAUCCCCGUUUCAGAUCUCUCGCUUAACUGGUGCCCGCCCAUCCCAGAAAAUGGCUUUAGGUGGAACAGCUCCCCCCAGAGGAAGUGCAGCCGCCACUGCAAGUAUGCGCAGGAGGAGAACAACCGGUGGAGGAGCUUCAGGAGGGGCAGCCGGAACUAUGCUUCAAUUUUACACAGAUGAUGCACCAGGACUUAAGAUCUCCCCUAAUGUGGUUCUGGUAAUGAGCAUUGGCUUCAUAGCAUUUGUUGCCAUCCUUCAUGUGAUGGGUAAGCUGUAUUUUGUGCGCAGAGAGGCUUAGAGGAUUAGCAGAGAAGAGCAGAGGAUUGAAUUUUAAGUUGGAUGUAUUUUUAAUUUUAAUUUUAGAUACAAAAAAUUCAUGUUCCAUGACAAAAGAUGGAUUUUUAGGAUUGGAUCUGUUCUUUCUUUUAUUAAUCAUUUUACCAAUUGUUGAGCA